AUGGUGUUCAGAGUAACGAGAGAACGGCCUCAAGUUUGCGCGUUAACUGCUAAAAAAACACCAUUUGUCGUAUCUCCACGGUUCGAGAACAUUCCGUUAGCCGCUUCAGCUAGUAUCGGAAUACUUGGCGUUGAUGUUUCGAGUCUCGUUCAGUUCCGCGGUCAAUUGGAAGGCAAAGCCAAAUUGGCAUCAAAAAAGCUUGGUGUGCUCAGCAAGGCAAGACAGUAUUUCACGUCGGCCCAUCGUCUAAGACUAUACAAGGCGCAAAUUCGGCCUCACAUGGAAUACUGCUCUCACCUCUGGGCGGGUGCUCCCCAGUACCAGCUCCUUCCAUUUGACCGUAUCCAACGUAGAGCGGCUCGAAUUAUCGACGAUCAAGCCCUUUCCGAUCCGCUUGAUCCUUUGGCUUUGCGUAGAGAUGUUGGAUCGCUCUGCAUCUUCUACAGAAUUUAUCACGGGGAAUGUUCCGAGGAAUUGUUCGGAUUAAUCCCGGCUGCUGAAUUUCACCUUCGGACAUCUCGUCAAAAUUCCAAAUAUCACCCGCACCACCUAGAUGUCCGAAAAUCCACAACAGCGCGAUUUUUAAGACAUUUUCUGCCUCGCACAACCACUCUGUGGAACCAGCUUUCGCCGGCGGUUUUUCCGAACCGAUACGACUUGGGAACCUUCAAGAAAAGAGCGUACUCUUUCCUGAAAGGCCGGCAACGCACCUGCAAGCCCCCCGGUGUUGCAGAUGUCCAUUCCUUCUACACGUGCGGUCUGUGGGAGAACUACUCCCGACGAGCAUACAAUGCUCUGCGUGUUCAGUACAACAAUGUGCUGAGGAUUUUAUUGAAGAAGCCUCGAUACUGCAGCGCGUCGGCAAUGUUUGCGGAAGCUCGUGUAGAUGAUUUCUAUGCGAUCAUACGCAAGCGGAUUGCGUCCGCUAUGAGCAGAUUACUAAACAGCUCCAAUAAACUCCUCAACACACUGGCUGCAAAGCUGGAUAGUCCCCUCUGGAGGUGCUGGGUUCGUGCCCACGUAUUACUAACGUAG